AUGACGACAGAAAAUAAUACCAAGGAGCAGGCCAUUGGCUUCUCUGAGAAUGUCGAUUGGCAAAAGUACAUUCUCUUCCGGCCUCUCUACGCGCCGUCCUUUUACAGUCGCAUCUUUCAGUAUCACUCCUCCAAGGCAUCACCUCCCUCCCCAGCAGCAGCACCAGCACCAGCAGCAACUGCAUCAUCACCGUCAUGGGAUACGGCGCAUGAUGCCGGUGCGGGCUGCGGCAUCGUCUCCGGCGUGCUUGCGUCUAAAUUCAACCAUGUUGUAGUGUCCGAUGCCACAGCCAGCUUUGUAGAGCUGGCCCAAGAGCUUCUAGUGGGAAAGGCCGGUUUUCCCGCUUCAAAGUUUGUCUUUAAGCAUGCGCGCGCCGAAGAGACCGACAUGGCGCCGGGCUCUGUUGAUCUUGUCACAGCAUGCGAAUGCAUCCAUUGGAUGGAUACAGAGGCGGCGGUAGGCGCAUUCGGCAAACAGCUCAAGUCUGGCGGGACGCUCGCCAUCGCCAUCUACUACAUUCCCUCCCUGGGGAAUCCAGAGGCCGAGAAGCACUGGCAGAGUAUCUGGAACAAAUGGGUAACACUAGAUACCUCACCGCUGUACCUGCGCGCCUACAGCACGGUCAACUCCGGUCUCGAGUCGAUUGGAUUCCCCGAGGACGCCUGGACCGACGUCAAGAGGGUCUACACCAAUACCCACGGGUCCCUCGACGUGUUUCGGUUUAGCGAUGAGGUCGGGGCCAGCCAGGUCAGGGAUGGCGAAGGGCGUGAGUUUGUGGAAGGUGACCCAGCAUGGACUAUGCAGCGCGAUAUCGCAUGGCUUAAAGGCUAUACCGGUACAUUUGUACCCCAGCUUCCCGAGGAGGAUGUUAGUGAGCAUUGGGACGCCAUCGAUGCGGCUUUGCAAGGGGGAACUGUCACAGUGGAGUUUCCAGUCGUAACGAUUCUAGCGACAAAGAAGUAG